GCAGACUAACAGAGGCUGAAGUCUGAGGAAAAACUGAUCCACUGCUACCAGCCAUGGGGCUGGACUACUAUGCUGUGCUCCAGGUCACUCGAAACUCAGAGGAUGCCCAGAUCAAGAAGGCGUACCGGAAACUUGCCCUGAAGAACCACCCGUUGAAGUCAAAUGAGCCGUCUGCACCAGAGACAUUCAAGCAAAUAGCAGAAGCCUAUGAUGUACUGAGCGACCCUGUGAAGAGAGGCAUCUACGACAAGUUUGGCGAGGAAGGCCUGAAGGGUGGGAUCCCUCUGGAAUUUGGAUCCCAGACUCCAUGGACAACGGGCUAUGUCUUCCAUGGCAACCCUGAAAAAGUGUUCAACGAGUUUUUUGGGGGAGACAACCCCUUCAGUGAAUUUUUUGAUGCAGAAGGAAAUGAUAUAGAUUUGAAUUUUGGGGGGCUUCGGGGCCGAGGAGUCCAGAAACAAGACCCUCCAAUCGAACGAGACCUCUAUUUGUCCCUGGAGGACUUAUUCUUUGGCUGUACCAAAAAAAUUAAGAUCUCCCGAAGGGUGCUAAAUGAUGACAAGUAUUCCUCCACCAUCAAAGACAAGAUCCUGACAAUCGAUGUGAGGCCCGGGUGGAGGCAGGGCACACGCAUCACCUUCGAAAAAGAAGGGGACCAGGGCCCCAACAUUAUCCCGGCUGAUAUCAUCUUCAUCGUAAAGGAGAAGCUGCACCCUCGCUUCCGUAGGGAGCUCGACAACCUCUUCUUCGUGUACCCCAUUCCUUUGGGCAAGGCUCUCACCUGCUGCACCGUGGAGGUGAAGACCUUAGAUGACCGUCUGCUCAACAUCCCUAUCAACGACAUCGUCCACCCUAAGUACUUCAAGGUGGUGCCGGGUGAGGGUAUGCCACUGCCGGAGGACCCUACCAAGAAGGGGGACCUCUACAUUUUCUUUGACAUCCAAUUCCCCACCCGCCUCACGCCCCAGAAGAAGCAGAUGCUACGCCAGGCAUUGUUGACCUAAUUCUGGGGCACCUGGACAGGAGCAGGAAUGGAGAGGACUAGCUGGGCCUCACCCACCCCCACUCACUCCACCCUCACAGCCUGUGAAGACAGGGAAGCAGGAGACCUUAGGCCGAUACAAUAAACAUUCCUUUCCUA